CUUAAUAGUAGUAAGGUUGAUCAUUUUCAUAUAAAAAUCUAAAAUCCCACACAGUGACUCCAGGAAGGGAAAUUCAGCGCGCUAAAUAAACCAUCGCACACGCCUGCAAGUACAAAGCUAAUACUAACAAGAAUGGCGAAAGGAAUGUACUUAGAGCAUUAUUUAGACAGCAUCGAGGGACUUCCCUGCGAGUUGCAGAGAAACUUCUCAUUAAUGGAGGAUUUAGAUAACAGAACUGAAGAGAAAAAAGCAGAGAUAAGUGAACUAGCUUCUGAGUAUAUGGAAAAAGUUAGAAAUCUAGCAUCUGAGGAGCGUGUCCAGCAUUUAAAGAAGAUUGAAAAUGCCUACAACAAGUGCAAAGAGUACAGCGAUGACAAAGUUCAGCUUGCAAUGCAGAUUUAUGAAAUGGUGGAUAAACACAUUCGACGGCUGGAUGCUGAUCUUGCACGCUUUGAGAACGAUCUGCAGGAGAAACUGGACUCGGGUGACUUGGAUAGCUCAGAUGAAAAGCAAUCUCGAAAGGAGAAGAAUUUAAAAGACAAAAAGGGAUCCCAUGGAAGAGACAAGAAAGGAUCAGAUCAAGACUCACCCAAGCAGAAAAAACAGAAAGCUAGUGGAAACAUAAGUGAAUCUCUGCUCGCCAUGCACCCAUCAGACGUCCUGGAUAUGCCAGUGGACCCUAAUGAACCCACAUACUGCUUGUGUAGUCAAGUAUCAUAUGGAGAAAUGAUUGGAUGUGACAAUUCUGAUUGUCCAAUUGAAUGGUUUCAUUUUGCUUGUGUUGGCCUGACAACCAAACCAAAGGGAAAAUGGUACUGUCCACGAUGCACCCAAGAGAUGAGAAAAAAAUAGUCCGCUUCUACAAUGCCUCCUGAAUCAAAUGUCCAAUUACAGCCUAUUCAGUGAAAAUCAAUUAACAUUGUAAAAGUGCCUUUGCUGUGUAGACAACCAUGAGUGUAACAACAGGGAUGACUAUUAAAUGCAUUUUCCAGUUGGUGCCAGCAGAGGGCAUGGAUCUCUUUUCUUUUGCUUUAGAAUAAAGUUUAUUUAU